AACCCAAAACCGACACUUGUGUAAACCCCUUAUCUUCAAGUUUAUUCAGGAAGGCAGCAGUUUGAGGGCAGAGAGAAAAAAGGGAGAAAAAAACUAGGGCAUCAAAAGUCCCGAAGGCUUUGAGCAUACAUUUUGCAUUUAUUAAUCACAGCGAGCGUGCUGAGGAGAGAGAGAGAGAUGGAGCGAUGGUGACUUUGCAUAAAAUUACGGUUAAUAACAACUAAUGAUUAAAGCUCAGAUGAGUAAUUUAAAGAGAAGAAGGCCGAAACAUCUCGCAGUAUCAUCACGCAUCCCGCUCAAAUAUAUAGGGGCGUUUUUAUUCACGAUCUUUGAUUUUGAUAUUGAUUGACAGCAAAAAGUACCUCAUUGGCUCACAGACGAGACAUUGCUGGGAAGACGUACUAGAUACAGAGCAAAGCAGCAAUCAGGGCAUAUUUGCCGAGCCGAAGGAAAGGAGAAGGACUAUGCUCUUCUUACAGGCUAUCCUAAGGAAAAGGAUACUCAAAGAUGAUGGGCCGUACUCUAAGGGGAACAAGGACUCGACGGGGCCAGACAACUCGCUCACUUCCAGAAGACAAAGCAUCUCAGAACUGCGUGGGGUUACACUGGUUGAGCUGAUUAAGAAGGAGGGAAGCACUUUAGGUCUCACCAUCUCAGGCGGAACAGACAAGGAAGGCAAACCGCGCGUCUCCAACCUGCGGCCGGGUGGACUGGCAGCUAGGAGCGAUCAGCUCAACGUAGGCGACUACAUCAAGUCAGUCAAUGGCAUUAACCUGACCAAGCUGCGUCACGACGAGAUCAUCAGUCUGCUGAAGAACGUCGGCGAGCGUGUCGUGUUGGAAGUGGAGUAUGAACUGCCUUCACCUGCGCCAGACAGUACCUCAGGUGUUAUUUCCAAGACAAUAGACAUCUGUUUGCAGAAAGAGGACAACAGUUUUGGCUUUGUUAUGCGAGGUGGAUCCCAUGAGGAUUGGCACAGAUCUCGUCCCUUGGUGAUCACACAUGUCCGACCAGGUGGUCCUGCUGACAGAGAAGGGACUCUGAAAGCAGGGGAUCGGAUCCUAAGUGUGGAUGGUGUGGUUUUACACAGUGCCACUCUCAGUGAUGCUCUUACUGUUCUGACUCAGUGUGGUCAGGAGGCUCUGCUCCAGAUCGAGUACGAUGUCUCCAUCAUGGACUCGGUGACAAAUGCUUCAGGUCCUCUGCUAGUGGAGAUUGCCAAGGCGCCUGGAGCCAGUCUGGGAAUCACUCUGACCACUGCCAUACACAGAAACAAACAGGCCAUCGUCAUCGACAAGAUCAAACCCGCCAGUGUGGUGGACAGGUCCGGAGCGUUACACGUGGGUGAUCAUAUCCUGUCUAUAGAUGGCACCAGCACAGAGCACUGCUCCGUCCUGGAGGCCACACAGCUGCUGGCCAGCACUACUGAUCAGACCAAACUAGAGAUCCUCCCCGCACACCAAACACGCCUGCCUGGAAAACCCCAGGACACUGUGAAAGUUCAGAAAAGUGACCACCCACACUGCUGGGACCCCUGUGUGAACUACUGCCCUUCUCAACAUCCUGGUACCUGUAAGACAUCAACAUGGACCUCCGCUUCCAGUAACCCAUCCAACUCUCAGGAUUACUGCAAAUCGGUAGUCUGCGCUAACUUCUCUCCUGGGUCCACUACCACAUCAGGCGUGACCAGCCAGGGUUCCAGCACGCUUCCCCGGGCCGCUCCUCCCAUGAGCCCACGGAACUCUUUGCUAAAGAGACGACAGAGGAAAAAAGAGCACAAGAGCUCCUCUGUGUCUUUAGCCUCAAGUUCUGUGGGUCCUGGUGGUCAGAUAGUCCACACCGAGUCCAGUGAGGUCACUCUGAGAGGAGAUCCUCUAAACGGGUUUGGGAUUCAGCUCCAAGGUGGAAUAUUUGCGACAGAGACCCUCUCUGCACCCCCCCUUAUCCGCUUUAUAGAGCCAGACAGCUCGGCCGAAAGGUGUGGGUUUCUCCAGGUUGGAGACAGAGUCUUAUCCAUCAACGGAAUUCCUACAGAAGAUGGAACGCUGGAAGAGGCCAAUCAGCUGCUCCGAGAUGCUGCUCUGGCCAAUAAGGUCACGCUAGAGGUUGAGUUUGAUGUGGCAGAAUCUGUUGUGCCUAGCAGUGGAACAUUUCAUGUGAAGUUGCAGAAGAAAAGAGGAGUGGAACUGGGAAUCACAAUCAGUGCCAGUAAGAAACCAGGAGAGCCUCUAAUCAUAUCUGACAUUAAAAAAGGCAGCAUGGCACACAGGACAGGAACCCUGGAGCCCGGAGACCAGCUGCUGGCCAUAGAUAACAUCCGUCUGGAGAACUGCUCCAUGGAGGACGCCGUCCAGAUCCUGCAGCAGAGCGAGGACCUGGUCAAACUCAAAAUCCGCAAGGACGAGGACAACUCAGACGAGCAGGAGUCGUCCGGCUCCAUCAUCUACACGGUGGAGCUGAAGCGCUACGGCGGCCCGCUGGGCAUCACCAUCUCCGGCACCGAGGAGCCCUUCGACCCCAUCAUCAUCUCAGGCCUGACCAAGAGGGGUCUCGCCGAGAGGACCGGGGCCAUUCACGUCGGCGACCGUAUUCUGGCCAUCAACAGCGUCAGUCUGAAGGGGAAGCCGCUCAGUGAAGCCAUACACCUGCUGCAGAUGGCAGGAGAAACGGUCACGAUCAAGAUCAAGAAACAGACUGACACACCAGAUGAUAGAAAUAAAGAGAACGAUCUGGAGAACGAGCUGAGUGAUAACGAGGAGGAGUUGACCGACUCGCAGAAGACCAAUAAACUGUCGGACAUUUAUUCCACCAAUAUCCCCAGCGUGGACUCGGCCAUGGAGUCGUGGGACGGCUCGGGGGGCGACGGCGGAUACGGCAGUCAAGGUGCCUACACCCACCAGGCCGCUGGGGUCGCGUUACACCCUCACGAAUGGAGGAACACCAAGCAGAGGAACAGCACGUCUCCUCCGACCCGCCGCAAAAACUACCCCUUCAGUGACGGGGGAUUCAGUGAGGACGACUGGGAUAAAGCUGCCGGAUACAGCAGCCAGACGCAUGCUGACGGCCUCAUGAUGGAGCAGGAGGACAGUUUCUGGUGCCAGGCCCUGGAGGACCUGGAGACCUGCGGCCAGUCUGAGCUCCUGCGCGAGAUCGAGGCUUCUAUAAUGACUGGCAGUGCCCUGAGUUUGGGUGUAGAGGGUGGAAAGGCCCACGGUGAGACGGUCAACCAACCUCACCUCAGCCCUCUGAGAAAAGCCCCUCAUCUCCUCAACGAGACCAAGAACAAGAGCACGCUCCGCAUGUCCGAGAAGACCUGGGAGUCACGGAGGAUCAAAGAAGAGAUCCAGGACAUCCUGUCGCCCACACCGUUAGAGCUGCACAAGGUGACUGUGAUGAAAGACCCAGAAAGUGAUGACUUUGGAUUCAGCGUAUCGGACGGUUUCCUGGAAAAGGGUGUUUAUGUGAACAUGAUCAGACCUGAGGGUCCGGCGGACCGCGCUGGACUCAAACCCUACGACAGGAUCCUUCAGGUGAACCACGUGCGGACACGAGAUUUCGACUGCUGCUUAGCUGUGCCCCUCAUCACAGAGGCCGGAGACAGACUUGAGCUGGUGAUUAGCCGAAACCCGUUAGCACAGCCGGGUGUCGCCCAGCCCCACAACUGCCAUCAACCCUUCAAUCCUGUAGGCCAUUCCCACGAGCACCAGACCAGCACACUGGACCUGUGA